AUGCUGAAAUUGUGUUUCUUCAUCUGUUUGCUAUACUGGGUGAAAUCAGAUGAGGAGAAAAAAUGUCCUGAAUUUACAGAUCUUGAUAUAGGUGAUGCUUUGUCUGGAACAGAACUCCGAGUCCAGCUACUGCUAUACACAAGGGAAAAUCCAAAUUGUUCUGAGAGACUCAUUGAACACAAUGUUACUGCGUCUGCACACCUUAAUACCUCCAAGAAAAUCAUCUUUGUUAUUCAUGGCUUCAGACCAACGGGAUCUCCACCGGCAUGGCUAGGUGACAUGAAGAAGCUUUUACUGUCUUCGGAGGAUAUUAAUCUCAUUAUAGUUGAUUGGAAUCGUGGUGCUACAACUGUGAAUUAUAUAACUGCUGUUGAAAACUGCAAAAAAGUCGCAGAAAUACUGAAGAACUAUGUUGACCAGAUGCUGGUGGGUGGAGCUUCUCUCAACUCUAUGUAUAUGAUUGGAGUUAGUCUUGGGGCUCAUAUAGCUGGUUUUGUUGGCCAGAAGUAUAACGGCAAACUUGGCAGAAUUACAGGUCUUGACCCAGCGGGCCCUUUGUUCACUCGACAAUCACCAGAAGGGAGACUGGAUCAUACUGAUGCGCAAUUUGUUGAUGUAAUCCAUUCAGAUACUGAUGCACUAGGUUUCAAGAAACCUUUAGGAACCAUUGAUUUCUAUCCAAAUGGAGGAAUGGAUCAGCCUGGUUGUCCACAAACAGUAUUCAGUGGACUUCAGUAUUUUAAGUGUGACCAUCAAAGAUCUGUCUUCCUCUUCUUAUCAUCUUUGAAAAGAAGGUGCAACAUAAUAACAUAUCCUUGUGACUCUUACUUGGAUUACAAAAGAGGAAAAUGUCUUGAUUGUGAAGCUUUCCAGCCGUUGUCCUGUCCAGUACUGGGUUAUUAUGCUGAUAGAUGGAAAAAACUGUUAAUCCCAAAGAGUUCAUCAACAAAAGCUUAUUUUGAUACCUCAGAUCAAGACCCAUUCUGCAUGUAUAACUACUUACUGGAUAUUACUACCUGGAAUAAAAGCAUUAGGAGAGGUUUCAUUAAAGUUAAAAUAACAGACUAUACUGGAAACACAGUAGAAUCCGAGAUGAACAGUGAAGUUUCAACGUUUCAGCAAUAUAAGAGAGUCAAAAUACUAACUGGAUUUUACCGAGACCUUGACAAAAUAUCAAAAAUUUCCUUGACCUUUUCUACGAAGACUUUAGUAGGACCAAAACACAAGCUUAGGGUUCUCCAGUUGAGGCUGAAAUCUCUGAAUAAUCCAGAAAGGCUGCAGCUGUGCAGAUAUGAUUUUGUACUGAUGGAGAACAUGGAACUGACCUUCAAACCUAUCCCUUGCCCAGAGAGGGGUACAUGA